AUGCUCUCUAUUUGUGUCAGAAGACCAUGCAGUGUUUCUGAUGUACUGGCAGAUUUGGUCGGGGCAGUUAGACCUCUGGCUCAUAAACAACAGCGUGUUGUGGAAAUAUUUGAACUUUCACAAUCUUCGGAGGUUGCUGUUGAAGAACCUUCUCUACGCCAGGCUUUGAGCAAUCUAAUUGAGGGUGCUUUGUUGCGUACACAUGUCGGAGGAAAGGUUACAAUUAUGUCCACAGGAGCACCAGCAGGAGGUGCUCUCGUUACAAUUGAUGACAAUGGGCCUGAUAUGCACUACAUGACACAGAUGCAUUCGCUUACGCCAUUUGGAUCAGAUCUCUUCUCUGAACACAUGGUUGAAGACAACAUGACAUGGAAUUUUGUCGCCGGUCUGACUGUUGCUCGAGAGAUACUGGAGAGUUAUGGCUCUGUUGUCAGAGUCAUCUCGCCCCGAACCACAGACGCCGCCCUUGGAGCAGGGGGAACCCGUAUUGAACUUUGGCUUCCUUCGUUUUCUGCAUCACAUGAUGUAGAUGGCCCUGCUCAGGAGGUGUAG